UAGGUCCGCGGAGCUCUCCGGGCGCGUUCGGAAAUGACCUAACCGGAGAGGCUGGGUCAAGCUGGGUGCUGGCUGCAGCCCCGGGCCGCCGAGGGAGCGCACCAUGUCCUUGCUGAUCCACCGUCCGCGGGUUGUGGGAAGAUAGGGACGGCCUCGUCCCGGCAGGUACUGCCAACUAAUUCUGCCCCUCAGCUGCUCCUGGGCUGGGCUGGGAAGUCAUGGGUGAGCCAGGCCAUGAAGAGUAUGAAAUCCAGGCCUUUGAUGCUGAGACCCAGAGGUUAUUGAAGACUGCCCUCAAAGAACCUGGUGCUGUGGAUUUGGAGAAAGUGGCCAAUGUGAUUGUGGACCAAUCCCUGAAAGACUGUAUGUUCAGCAAGGAAGCCGGACGCAUUUGCUACACCAUCAUUCAGGCAGAGAGCAAGCAAGCCAGCCAGAGCAUCUUCCGUCGGAGCCUCCUCAAUCGGCUGCAGCAGGAGUACCAGGCCCGGGAGCUGCUCCGGGCCCGAUCCCUGCAGGGCUGGGUCUGCUAUGUCACUUUCAUCUGCAACAUCUUUGACUACCUGAGGGUGAACAACAUGCCUAUGAUGGCAUUGGUCAACCCUGUCUAUGACUGCCUUUUCCGACUGGCACAGCCUGACAGCCUGCACAAGGAGGAGGAGGUGGACUGCCUGGUGUUACAACUGCACCGCAUUGGAGAGCAGCUGGAGAAAAUGAACGGGCAGAGGAUGGAUGAGCUGUUUGGUCUGCUGCGCGACGGCUUCCUGCUCCAGGAUGGGCUCAGCUCCCUGUCCCAGCUCUUACUGCUGGAGCUGAUUGAAUUCCGGGCUGCUGGCUGGAGGACCACACCUGCUGCCCAGAGAUAUUAUUACAGUGAGGUUUCAGACUAGGCCGGCCCGACCUCAGGCCCACUCACCAGCACCUUCUAGAAGGUUUCUAUCUACACAUGUCCCUCUCACCAAGACAAAGCCCCAGGUUCAGGCGUGGCCCCAGUGUGAUCUGCCUCCUCUGAGGGGUUUUCUCCAGCCCCAAGCUUUGGGCUUACAGUAGUCCUGCCCUCAGCAACCUUCUGCUCUUUAACUUGUCCAGGGUGGGAGGGGAAGCUGAGCACACUGGCCUGCUUUACUGUACUCCAACUACAGAGGAGCAUGGGUGUAAGGGCCUGAAGGAAGCUCAACCCCCUCAUUUUACAGAUAAGAAAACUGAUUUACCCAGGGUGCUCAUAGAUAGUUUAAGUGUCUGACAGCGUUCAAACCCACGUCUUCCAAAUUCCAAGUCCAAUGCACUAUCUACAACACCCUACUGCCUCAACUAAGUGAUCCAUAGGAUGUUCCCCACAACCCAUAGUGGGGAAUGGGGUGGUGAAGGACAACACUACCAAGCUCGCACUGUGUAACCAUCAGUGCAUCUUCUCCCUUGGUGCCUCAGUUUCCUGAUCUGUAAAAUGAUGAGCUGGUGGUUAGGAGGAUGCUUUGAAAUCUUCAGAGGAUGAUAAAAGGAAGAGGGAAUUUAAGAGUCAGAUAAUAGAACUGCAGCCAGGUCUUUGAACCACCUGCAUGAAAGGGAGGCUUCCAAAGCAAAGAGGCUGUGCUAGGUAAAGAGGCCCAGGCAACCAGGGCACAAGUACUGCCAGAAACUGAGGGUUUGUUUUUUAUAAUUUUUUGUACAAAAAUGACUUGGGAAAUGAGGGUAUUUUAUCCAGACAAGUUUUAAUAAGCUGCUGACCAAAACACUGGUUCAGUGUGGGAUUUCAAAAUAUAUAUACAUUUAUUGAAGUAAUUUAUUACAAACCAGCAUAGGACUUUUCUAGUAAACCUUUUCUAAAGUGAA